AUGAUUCCCGGCGUCCGUGACUACUCUCUUCACUGGGAAGCUCCAGACCGGCACUUUGCCCUAUCUUCACGCCGGUCAUACAUGUACGUUGUUGGUUGCGGUGUAAAGGCCUCGCUGUUCGUUGGCAACUCGACCGUUGAGUUCGGGAGCUGCUCCGUCGCCUGUGCCGCCGAAGCUAAAAUCAUGGAGAAGCUGCCCAAUGGGUCGUGCGAUGAUGGCAUCGGAUGCUGUCUCAUCGACAUACGGGUGGACCUAAGGGCGUUCACCCUCAACAUCUCGCGCACCAGCGAUUCUGCACGCUCGAAGAAGGUGUACGCGUUCAUCAGCGGAGAUAUGGGCCCAAUAUUCAGGCCGAUCGACGCCCUGAGAUCUAUGUUACCAGCGGGUCCCGAGUUCAAUCCAUCUGCUACCCUGGAAUGGGCUAUUCCCUACCAGCCCAACUGUAAGCGCGCCAUGGAGGACACGGCAAGCUAUGCAUGUGUUGCUCAUCACAGCGUGUGUGUGGACUUGCCGAUCGGUGGAUACUUCGGCAACCCCUACAUCAAUGGCGGGUGCCUAAAAUUCCAACCACCUCCGGAAGCUCCAUCGCCUGCCCCUCCGGCAGUUUAUGGCUCCAUCCAACCGAGGUACCUCUGUCCCAUGUCGUGCGGGAACGUGAGCAUCCCCUUCCCCUUUGGAACAAAGCUAGGCUGCUUUGCAAGUGAAGAAUUCCAUCUCAAAUGUCUUCGAGCCUUGCCGGGGACCGUUCUUCCGGUGCUUGAACUGAUGAAUGGUCGAUUGAUCAUCACCGACAUAUCUAUUGACAAAGGUAUUUUACUCGUUCACGAGAAAUCAGAGCCAGGUGAUCUCUUUUCAGAUCCGGACACGCUCUACGCCUUAUCCGGGAAACAGGGCGUGGUGAAGUGGUAUGUUGUUAAAAUGUCAUGCGAGCAUGGAAAGCUAAACGAGACCACGUACAUAUGUGUUAGCUCCCAUAGCGACUGCGUCGAUGUCACCGAUGAUGUGACACUCCAAAUUCUAGGUUACCGCUUCAAGUGCACUUUUGGUUUUGAAGGGAAUCCUUACACUAAUGAAUGCACAGAUAUUAACGAGUGCCUACAGCCAGAUAAAUACACCUGCAAUGGUAUUUGCCACAAUACAUUCGGGAACUACACAUGCACAAGCACAAGCACAGGCACGGAUUCCCACAGCAAUAGCGCAGGGCAUCAUCUAGUAUUAGGUAUCACCAUUGGACUAAGCAGUGGUGGAGGCAUUCUAUUUCUUGCCGUAUUUGUUGCUAUUCUUACACGAAGAUGGAAUCGGACCGUUCAGAAGCGCUUGAGAAAAAUGUAUUUUCGGAAGAACAAAGGCAUUCUGCUAGAACAGCUUAUCUCUUCAGACAAAACUGCCAACGAUGGCACAAAGAUAUUCUCCCUGGAGGAUCUGGAGAAGGCAACAAACAAUUUUGAUCAUGCCCGUGUGGUCGGACGGGGUGGCCAUGGCACUGUCUACAAGGGCAUCUUGAUCGACCAGCGCGUGGUGGCCAUCAAGAAAUCAACGCUCUCGGUGAUCAGCGAGAUCGAAGAGUUCAUCAACGAGGUGUCCAUCUUGUCGCAGAUCAACCACCGAAAUGUAGUGAAGCUCCAUGGAUGUUGCCUCGAAUCCGAGGUCCCUCUGCUUGUCUAUGAGUUCAUCUCCAACGGCACGCUCUACGACCUUCUGCACCGCCCCUCUGAGCAAAACAGUAGCAACUUAUUGAUGCCAUUGUCCUGGGAGGAGCGCCUGAGGAUCGCCACCGAGAUCGCGGGCGCGCUCACGUACCUGCACUCUUCGGCUUCCGUGUCGGUCCUCCAUAGAGAUGUCAAGUCCAUGAACGUGCUCCUGAAUGACAGCUACACCGCAAAGGUCUCGGAUUUUGGUGCAUCGAGGCUGAUCCCCAUCGAUCAAACGCACCUGGUCACCGCCGUUCAGGGUACGUUUAGGUACCUGGAUCCGGAAUAUAACUACACGGGCCAACUCAACGACAAGAGCGAUGUUUACAGUUUUGGAGUGAUACUUGUUGAGCUGCUGAUGAGGAGGAAGCCCAUCAUCCAGAACGAGCAUGGCGAGAAGCAGAACUUGUCAAACUACUUCUUGUGUGCCAUGAGGGAGAGGCUCCUCGAGGAAACGGUGGACGCGCAGAUCCUGGGGGGUGGAAGAGAUGAAGGGGUUCUGUGCAUGGCUCAGUUGGCAGAGGAGUGCCUCAGGCUGACUCGAGAGGAGAGGCCAACCAUGAAAGAUGUGGAGAUGAGGCUGCAGCUCCUCACAGGAAUCCGCGUUGCACCGAGGGUGAGGCAAGAAGAAGAGGCAGGACCUGCGGGAGACGACGGACAUGGCGGGGUCGACCCGUUAGUCGGUCAGCAUGGCUCACGUCAGUUCAGCCAAGAACACGAGUUCGUUUCAUCUCUGCGUGUACCGCGGUAG